UUGAAAAAAAACAUCAGCAAAUUUAUGGGGACACUGCAAUACUAUAAAAAAAGUCCCUGCAGAACUCUUUGGAGUAUUUGUAAUUUAUUCUUUUUGUAAUGGAUAAAUCAAUAACUUCUCCAACUUCAAAUUCAACGAACAAUGCAGUAAAUAAUAAUAAUGGAAGUGGUGGCUCAACAACGACUUUACCUGUCUCCUUUCCACAGCCAGCUCCACGAUCACCUUCCAGUUCUACUGUACCUACUGAAUAUAGUAGCACCAACACAUUAACAGCGGGUGCUUACGAUUUUUUAUAUGAACUUGUACAAAAACGAAUAACUACUUUUACCUAUUUAAAACAGGCUCAUGAAGGAAGAAUACAUUGGUUUAACACUGUAUGUUUAAGUAAAGAAGAUUUGGGGAUGGUAUAUGAGAAUGUUAGGAUGAAGAAAAGGACAGGAAAUUUUUUUAUUCUAGGUGCAUCAUUAGCUCCAAUACUUGAUAUAACAAAUCCUCAGGAUUAUGUAAAAGCUUUAAAUGUAAUGCUACAGGAAUUUGAAUAUCAUACAAAUGAACAUGCAAAACAAAAAAUGAAAAUGUUUUUUAGAAAGUCAAAAAUUGUUAAAGACGAAGAUUCAUCAUUUCAAGAAACUGGAGAAUAUACAUAUUUAUUUGUGCCAAACGUACCUUUUGAUUUGGAUUAUUUUCAAACUUUUUAUACUCUCUGUGAUAUUCUUGUAGAUGUUUAUAAUAAAUUGUUGGUAGGAACUGCAAAUGUACUGACAGCAUCAUUUACAGAAAGUGUAAUAAAAGUUGAUGGAAAGUUCAAGAAAAUAAUAGCUCUAGUAGCUAAAGAAAUUGAUUCAUUGUCUCGAAAUACCAUUAAAGAAGAAUUAAAAUCUAUUGAUCCAAUGAUAUCAGGUGGUAGUAGUAAGAGUUCCAUAAUUAGUAAUGGCACUACUAUCAAUGGGGUUGAAAUUUGGGAUGGUGGUUGGAAUGCUAUUAAUGGUGGAAGUUAAAUUAUGGAAACAUAAUAAAUCCAAAAAAAAAACAAAAAUAACAAAAAAAAACUUGUAUAUUGUAUUAUUUAGUUUAUUAGUCGUAUUCACCGUGUGCAAUUUUAGAGAUAAUUAUUAAUUAUGUAAUUAAUUAUUCAUUUUAUAAUCAAAUAGAUUUAGGCUGAUAAUUAGUUAAUUACAAAUAUAAAUAAAUAAUAAUUAAUAUUU